AUGGCCUACGAGGAGGAGGUGUGCCAAGUGCGCACAGCGGACUGCACCGUAGCCAGAAGGCAUGUGUACAACCUGACGCUCUCUGUCGAGGAGGGUUUGCCUGCUAAAACCAUCGUUGGAGACAUUGGAGCCGCUUUAAGCAGGCCAAGCACCGGGUUCUUCAUCUCAGAGAGCAGAGACUCCUAUGUUUUCAGGGAUUUGGAAAUAGAUGCGGACACUGGUAUAAUUUCUACAGCCAAAAUUUUGGACAGAGAAAGUAGAGAUAAAUAUGAAUUUGUUGCAGCCACCCUUACAGGUGAGAUGAUAAAGGUGAAGAUAGUGGUGAGGGAUGUGAAUGACCAUUCUCCUGUAUUUUCAUCUGAGAAGGUUGACUUAGAAAUUUCAGAAUUAAGCCCCCCCGGGACCCGCUUUCAGCUUGAAGGUGCCAAAGACCAGGAUGAGGGUGAGCUUGGAACCCAAGGGUACAGGAUUGCUGAAAGCGAGAUGGGGGAAUUAUUCAGCAUUGAAUAUCGCAACAUGUCUGAUAACCCCUUCAACCUUGACCUAAUCCUUACAAACAAACUUGACAGGGAGGUAAGGGACUCUUAUUCCCUGACGAUUGAGGCAUUCGAUGGGGGGAUCCCUGCCAGGACAGGACGGCUUCAGGUGAACAUUCACAUCUUGGAUGAAAACGACAACCCACCCGUGUUCAACCAGACAGAAUAUCACGCCUUGGUUUCUGAGGAUGCCCCAGUAAUGUCUGUUGUGUGUCAGGUGCUCGCCACAGACCGGGACCAAGGUGGCAACAGCCAGAUCACUUACGAGAUAAACAGGCGCCAGAGUGACUCAAAUGAGUUUUUCUCCAUCAAUGAAACCACCGGGGUGAUCUACCUCAAUAAACCACUUGAUUUCGAGACUCAAUCUUUUCACGAGUUAAUCAUCAACGCGAGGGACAAUGGUGCUCAGCCUGAGUACAGCAGCACUUUUGUAGGCGUGAAGGUGCUCAAUAUCAAUGACAACAGCCCCACCAUCAAUAUUCUGUUUCUCAGUGAGACAGGGGAUGCAGUGGUGCCAGAGGCAGCAGGUAUUGGGGAGUAUGUUGCCCGAAUUUCAGUGUCGGACCCUGACUUUGAGGAGGGCAGGAUUGCAGUCACUCUUGAGGAUGGUGAUGGGAAAUUCACCCUGAAGCAGACCGAUGAUUUCCUCUAUGCCCUGUGUGUCAACAGUGAACUAGACAGGGAGGAAAAGGAUCUGUAUGAGUUGAAGAUCCGAGCGUCUGACUAUGGGAGCCCACCUUUGAGCAGUGAGAACGUCUUUCUAGUGAAGGUUGCAGACACCAAUGACUGUCCCCCGGUCUUUGAACAGAGUGUGUACACCAUCGCCGUAGCUGAGGACAUUCCUCAGGGCAGUUCCCUCAUCCAGAUGCAGGCUCGGGAUGCAGAUGAUGGUGUCAACUCAGACAUCAGCUACUCCAUCCUGACGUCUGAGCGGGGCAGCCAGCUGGUUAGUGUUGACCCGAAGUCGGGCCUGGUCAUCACAGCAGCCACACUGGACAGGGAGACAGAGGCAGAGCUGUGGUUUCUGGUGGUGGCAGUGGAUGGAGGGGAACCGGCUCUGUCGUCCACAGCUACGGUCACUGUGGUGGUUGAGGAUGUAAACGACAACGAGCCUGUGUUCCAGCAACAGCUGUACAGUGUUUCCAUCCCAGAGCACACCAGGAUUGGAAGCUGCUUUCUGCAAGUUGUUGCCACAGAUGCAGACAGCCCCGAGUUUGGUACCCUGCGCUACUCUCUGUCUGACGGUUUCGACAAGCCAGACAAACACCUGCUCUUCCAAAUCGACCCACAGACCGGAGAGCUGUGUGUCUCUGAGGAUAUUGACAGAGACACAGGACACACAACCCACGACGUUCUAGUGAAAGCUGAAGAUCCAGGAGGGCUGAGUGUGCAAACCUACGUGCACAUUGAGGUGGAGGACCUCAACGAUAAUGCUCCAGUGUUCAACCCUGAGCAGUACGCCACCAGCAUCAGCAGCCAUGCACAACCCGGCACGGAGAUCCUCAAUGUCAUCGCCACUGACCAGGAUUCAGGCAGGUUCGGACAGGUCACCUACGAGCUCCUUCCUGGCGACCUGUCCACGUUGUUUGCACUGGAGAAAAACACAGGGGUGCUUUACCUAACCUCGACACUGACCCACCUGGGCACUGCCAGUGUGAAGCUCUCCAUUACAGCCCGGGACAGUGAGGGCCUGACCUCAGCCAGGCCUGCAGAGGUCACCGUCAACGUCGUGCGCAGCGCCCAGGCCCCAGCUGUGUUCCAGAGGUCACGCUACACCUUUACCGUGUCUGAGGACGCUCAGCCUGGAACCUCAGUGGGCACAGUGGAGGCCAUCAACCCAGCCAACUCUGUGGAGCCUGUCUCCUAUCGCAUCUCUUCUGGAGACCCCCACGGCUUGUUCUCAGUUCACCCUGAGUCUGGCCUGAUCACCAGCAGCCAGCCACUGGACCAUGAAUCCCAGCCCUACGCUCUGCUCGUUCUCCAGUCCUACACUGGCACCUCUCCUGUUUACAGCACCACCCAAGUCAACAUCACCAUUGUCGAUAUUAACGACAAUGCCCCUGUCUUCCCCAAAGUCAGUGACACGGUCACAGUGUCCCAGAACACACUCCCGGGGACAGUGCUGUUCAUAGCCCAUGCACAUGACUCAGACAGCGGUGCCAAUGGGAGGGUGCACUACUACCUAAUGCCAGGGGAAAGUGGCAGCAAUGGUGUUUUUGUUGUUGACCACAUCCUUGGAACUGUAACAUUAAAUCAAAGUUUACACUACGAUGCUCAGCAGAAGUACAUCCUUGAAGUUGAGGCCAAAGAUGAAGGGGAACCAUCCCUUAGCUCCUCCUUGACCCUCACCGUCAACAUAGACCACACUACUACUGAGGAGAGCCUGGCAUUCGAAACCUUAGUCUACCAGGUGGAGAUAGGAGAGGGAUACCGAAAAGAUGCACGGGUCAUCCAGGUGAGGGCGCACCGUAGUCGGGGAACUCACUUAUCUAACUCAGGCCUCACAUACUCCUUGGAGCCAGAAGGAGGGUUCCCUCUGCCUCCCUUUCGGGUUCACCCACAGAGUGGAUGGUUGUAUCUUUCCCGCAGCCUGGACUAUGAGUCGGAGCCCAUGUUUCGUUUCAGAGUGCACGCCACAGCCAGCGACGCUACGCCAACCAACACCACAGCUACAGCCACUGUAACAGUGCUGGUGCUGGAUGCCAAUGACAAUGCCCCAGUGUUCAGCAGUCAGGUCUACUACUUCACAGUGUCAGAGGGGCCAGCGCCUCAAGGUCUGGUGGGAACAGUCAAGGCUGUGGACAAGGACUCUGGGAAAAAUGCUCAGCUGUCCUACAUCCUGCUCUCAGAUGGGAAGCACUUCCGCAUCAACGCCAAAACAGGAGAGAUAAUCAACUGGGUGGCACUGGACCGGGAGCAGCACAGCCAGUACACUCUGAAGGUGAUGGUGACAGACCAGGGCCACCCACGCCUCAAUGCCACCACCACUGUUCACAUCCUGGUCACUGACAUCAACGACAACCCUCCACAGUUCAUCCACCUGCCUGCCACCAAGGAGCUCAGUGUUCAGAUGUGGGCUGGCCUACAGGCUGGAUCCUUGGUGGCAAAUGUGUUUGCAAAAGACUUAGAUGCAGGAGAAAAUGGAACCGUUACCUUCUCCUUGACCACAGAUGACGGCCUUGGAGACUUUGAGAUUGAUGCUCAGAGUGGAGACAUCAGAACCACGGCACUUUUCUCCCACAAGACUGAAACACACUACACUCUGAAAGUGACUGCUAAAGACAACGGACCCUCACCUCUGGAGGAGACUGCAGUCAUUCAUAUACAGGUUCUUGGAGUCGAAGCUCACUUUGGCGACUUUGAGCAACCAAUUGUAAGACGCUUUUCGGUGAGAGAGGACAUUGAGCCCGCAACUGUUAUUGGCUCUGCCCGCAUUUCAGACACAGAGAAAUUCCAGUAUUCUAUCGCUGAAGGUGAUGGCGGGGUUCACUUCGGCAUUGACACCUCUUCUGGCGACAUAUAUAUCAACCAGCCGCUGGACUAUGAGUCUGCCAUGCAGUACUUCCUGGUGGUACGUGCUGAAGAUGCAGGACUCGCUCCCAAAAUGAACAUGUCUGUAUUUGUUAGUGUGAUAGUGGACGAUGUAAACGACCACACCCCCUGGUUCCCUGAGAAACUGGUCACUUUUGGUCUCAGGGAGGACGCACCUGUCGGUUCGCUGGCGUUUGCCUUCCAUGCCAAGGAUGCUGACGGAAGCUGGUCUAACAGUGCCCUCCGCUAUUCCUUGACCUUUGACCCUGACUUGGGACACUCCGAGUCAUUGCCACGCUUCCCCUUUGAGAUCGACCCUCACACAGGCAACCUGACCGUGGCAGCACCUUUGGACCGUGAGACCACCCCGAGCUUUGCCUUCACUGUAACUGCCACUGACCAGGCGAAGAGGAAGGUCGACCAGAGACAGACAUCUGUGACAGCUCAGGUCUUCCUGCUGGAUGUGAACGAUAAUCGCCCAGUGUUUACAUCAUCGCACACAGUUCAGGUGCUGGAGGAUACAGAGGUGGGGAGUCUGCUGCAUCAUGUUGUGGCUACAGAUGGAGAUCUGAGUGAAAACGGCUUGGUCUCCUAUAUCGUUGUUGCUGGUAACAAGAAGGGAUUCUUCACACUGGAGGAGAAAACAGGACUCCUGUAUCUCGCCGCCCCUCUGGACUACGAGGCCCAACGUUCCCACCGCCUCACCAUCCAAGCAGCAGAUCAGGGCCAGCCCUGCCUCUCCUCCACGCAGACCCUGACAGUGGAAGUCAGGGAUGUGAAUGACCAGCCUCCUGUCUUCCAGCAUCACAUCUACAAUGCCAGUGUGGCGGAGAACAGAGGUCCUGGAGAACCAGUGGUUAGGGUCUCUGCCACAGACAAGGAUUCAGGUGAGAAUGCAGUGGUGUGGUACAGUCUGCUGCCUGGUCCGGGCUACGAGCUCUUCAGCAUCGACCGUUACACCGGUGUUAUCACCACCACCUCCAGCCUGGACAGAGAGCAGCACCAACAUUUCACACUCAGAGUCCAAGGUCGUGAUGGCGGCACACAGCCUCUCUCUGGCACGACCACGGUGCUGUGCUCCGUGCUGGAUGACAACGACAACCCUCCAGAGUUCAUGCAGUCGUCCUUCCAGAUCAGCCUGCCAGAAAACCUGCCGCCCGGGCUCAUCCACACUGCUCAGGCCUCCGACCCAGACCACGGAGAGAAUGGAACCAUACGUUACUCCAUACAAGGUGAGGACUAUGGUGGUCGCUUCGUCAUCAAUGCUCAUACAGGUGUUGUCAGCACCACACAGCUCCUGGACCGGGAGGAAAGACAGAACUAUACACUCACCAUACAGGGCCGUGACUGUGGCCCCACCCCCCUCAGCUCCUCCACCCAGCUUCAACUGGUACUGCUGGAUGAGAAUGACAAUGUCCCCGUCUUCACCCAUAAUAACUACAGUGCCACCAUCACCGAGGGCCUGCCUGCAGGAACUGAAGUCCUGCGUCUUACCGCCCGGGACGCUGAUGAGGGACCCAAUGGGGAAGUGACCUACUCGUUGGCAGAAGACAGCAGUCAAGGGGCCUUCUCAAUUGAGGCGUCCACUGGAGUGAUCCACACCACCAGACCUCUGGACAGGGAGAGCAAGGCCCAGUACACCCUCAGAGCUGUGGCAACUGACGGGUGCACCAGGGGCCCACAGAGCUCUGUGGCACUGGUGACCAUACAGGUGGAGGAUGUGAACGACAAUGUGCCAGUCUGUGGCCAGAGUCCCAUCAACGCAUGGGUUUCUAUUAGGACUCCGCCAAGGCAGGUAGUUACCAAAGUAACGGCAACAGACAGAGACCGGGGUGAGAACGGGACUGUACAGUUUAGCUUGACCAAGGAAGACAAUGUUCUGGACCUCAAUCGUAGGUCAGGAGAGAUUUCACUCAGAAGGCCGCUGAGAGCAGGGUUCUCUGGGAGGAAGCUGCAGGUCCUAGUGGCAGACCGAGGAAGACCGGCUCUAACUUCUACUUGCCUGGUUUUUGUCCAUGUAAAGAGAGAGCAGGAACAGCUUCAGUUCACAAGUAAAGUGUACAACGCCACUGUCAGCGAAAACAGCACAGCCGGCACAUGGAUUGUAAAAGUGGAAGCCAAUGAUCAAACCAACAAUGGACAGAGGAUCACAUAUAGCAUAUUCACUGGCAAUGAGAAUCAAAUUUUCACCAUCAACCGUUACACAGGUGAGAUCAAGUUGCAGAAAGAUGACUCUCUCGACUUUGAGACGAGCCGUCAGAUCCAGUUGGUGGUGCUGGCUGACAACGGGCUGCAGACAGCCCACUGCAGGGUCUUUAUCAGCCUGUUGGACAUCAAUGACAAUGCUCCGGUGUUUGAACACAGCAGCUACAGAACAUCUGUCUGGGAGGGCCAAAUUUACAACACCUACAUCAUGCAGGUGUUUGCAUCUGAUGCUGACAGUGGUGCGAAUGGCCAGAUCAGAUACUCCAUUGUGUCUGGCAACCAUAACAAUGCAUUCAUCUUGGACUCUGUGCGUGGGAUCCUUGCUACCAAUGUUUUACUGGACCGCGAGAUCAUUCCCUCAUACAAGCUGGUUCUGCAAGCAACAGACAGGGGGAGCCCUCCCCUCAGUGGCACCACCACCAUCAGAGUCCAAGUGGUGGACGUCAAUGACAAUAGCCCUGCCAUCCCCCCCAUGGAGCCUGUGGUUAUAGCAGAGAAUCUGCCAGCAGGGUACAUGGUCACCCAGGUGACUGCAAACGAUGUGGAUCUCAGCUCAACCAUCACUUACAGCUUUGCAGACAACAGCAGCGUUGACGGCUGCUUUGCUAUUGACCGCUACACUGGUGUGGUAACCCUGACACAAGCCCUGGACUAUGAGGAGCAGACAGAGCACAAACUGAGAGUCUGGGCAUCAGACUCCCUCCACCAGACCACAGGAGACGUUACAGUUCAAGUGCUGGAUGUCAAUGACAAUGCUCCAGUCUUUACCCAGGUCUCCUACCAGGUGGAGCUGCCAGAGCUGACGUCAGCCAACACGCUGGUUGUGUCAGUAUUUGCUACUGACAGAGACUCUGGGCUUAAUGGCGAGGUCUCCUACAGACUGCUCUCAUCUCCUGCACAGGGAUUUUACAUCCAUCCAGACAAUGGGUCUGUUUUCACCAACAAGCCUCUAAAUGUCAUCACAAACAGCAACCUGAUCCAGCUACUGGUGGAGGCCAGAGAUGGGGGAGAUCCCGUACGCUCUACAAUCACCUCCAUAGAUGUGCUGAUUCAGGACGCUAAUGACCAUGCACCUCUCUUCCAGCAGGACACCUAUAAACUUAGUGUCUCAGAGGACACCCCCACAGGCACCACUCUACUGACCGUCUCUGCAGAGGACCAAGACUGGGGUCCUGAGAAUGCAUAUUUGGACUACACCAUUAUCAAGGGAAAUGAGGACAGGCAGUUCUGUUUGGAAGUAAAGGUUCACACUGAAAAGCAGCAAAAGAGUGUUGGAAAACUUGUCCUGUGUAACCCUUUAGAUCGUGAGACCACUGAGACAUAUGCACUAACAGUGAGUGUGUCCGAUCGAGGAACACCUCCACUGAACAGCUCCGCUGUCAUUAAGGUGGCUGUGAUGGAUUGCAAUGACAACGCUCCUGUUUUUGUCAGCACAGAGUACCAUGGUCAGGUUAGUGAAAAUAGCUUGGCUGGUACCAGGCUUUUGCAGGUCAGUGCUCAGGACCCUGACCUGGGAGCCAAUGGCCUGGUGCGUUAUGACAUUAUCUCAGGGAAUAGCAAAGGUCACUUUAAGCUGGACCCUCACUCCGGUAUUUUAGUGGUCAAUCACUCGCUUGACUAUGAGGAAGACUCGAAAUAUACCCUUACCAUUCAGGCGUCUGAUGGUGGAGAGUCAUCUGAGGAACGUAAGGUGGCUUUUACAGUGGUUUUUAUAGCAGUUCUGGAUGAGAAUGAUAAUACGCCCUACUUCAUAUUCCCUACAGUUAACUGUUCUGUGUUGGAGAACCUCCCAGCAUUUACCCCUGCCUGUUCUGUCUACGCUGUUGAUAAUGACUCUGGGCCCUAUGGCCAGCUCACCUACUCCAUUCUGUCCUCCUGCUUCAUGGACUAUGGUAGUGGCAGUCCUGACAGGAAGGAGGCCUUUGCCAUCAAUCCCCUGACAGGUGACAUUCACACCAGACAGACCUUUGAUUAUGAACGUGAGAGUGAGUAUUGCUUUGUAGUUGAGGCCAGAGACAAAGGUGACAAGGCGGCCACGGUGAAGGUGCAGGUUACCAUCAAGGGAGUGGAUGAGUUUAGUCCUGUCUUCACCCAGAAAAAGUACCACUUCCUCCUGCCUGAGAACGUCAGGCCAGGAGAGACAGUUGGCUUUGUGAUGGCCAUGGACCAUGAUGGAGGAGUGGAUGGGCUGGUGGAGUACUCUCUAGUAAACCCCUCACCAUUUUUCUCCAUUAAUAAAACAAUCGGUGCCAUCUUUGUGUCAGGACCUGUUUAUCGAGCAAGAGGCAGUCGUGCAAGACAGGACAUUGUGGAGCUGAUGGUGUCCGCAAGCAGUCCCAGACUGGACUCCAGGACAACCACCUGCUUGGUGUCCAUCAACAUCUCUUCCUCGGCUGAAGCGCUCAUUGGGGUGCCACUCAAUGUGCACAUGCUCAGUCUGUGUGUAUCACUAAUGUUGUUCCUUCUCCUCCUCAUCAUUUUUGUGACCCUGGUUCUCCGAUGCAAGAUCAAAGAAGCUGCUGUCAAAAAGGCUGCAGCAAUUGCUGCUAACUUGAACCAAGACACAGGCUCAUUUGGUAGAUCAAGUGGCCAAUCGCAAACUGCCGUCUGUUUGCAGGAGCUGAAACGGCCCAACCAUGUACUCACAAAGAUGGAUAUAUCCCACCCAUACAGGCAUUCAAACUCAAGUGGUCGUGGUUCAGCGGAGGGUGAGACAGCAGAGGACCAAGAGAUCAAACAGAUUAAUGACUACACUUACCACAAAAGGACUGGAUCCAUGCACAGCAAACAGACCUCACAGAUCCCAGACUCAGCCAUUCCAGGUGACAGUGUCUCCUGCCACUCUAUUGAUGGAGGGAUGGAGCACAUACCAUCCAUCAGUAAAUGUCUAGUCACGGGAAUGGCCAGUGCUGAAAGCCUCCACCACUUCAAAGAGGAGGGAGGAGGUGAGGGUCUACUUCCUGCAAUUCCUGGGGUGAGAGACUUGGAAGAGACCAUGGGGUUAAGAGGGUACAUCCCCCUCUCUGAAGGACUUGCCUCCUCAGGGUCUCUCUCUUCACUGGUGUGUCCAGAGGAGCAGCUCCAGGGUAGUUACGCCUGGGACAACCUUUUGGACUGGGAGCCACGCUUCCACUCCCUGGCCUCCAUCUUCACCGAUAUUGGAAUGCUGCCUGAGGAGGAGCUUCAAGGUGGCCGUGAGGACUUAGCAGCUGAGGUGAGCUAUUUCAUGCACCCACCACCCCUGAUAACAGGUGUGGCUCAGCCUGGCAUCAGGAGUGUGCCUCCGUGGAUUCCGGGGCGCAUACCCUCCCUGAGCAGGAGGCCUUCUUACCCCAAAUACGCCUAUUCUCCCUUAGCCAGGAACACAGGACUCACACCUUCAGCUAUGACACCUAGUUUUUCCCCAUCAUUGUCCUCUCUCACCAUCAGGACACCCAGUGCCUCACCAGUAAUCUCAGAGACUGGAAUCAGGGGUAUCAGGCUAGAUGCAGGACCCCUAACUGCAAGCCUCUUGGAGGCAGAAAUACAGGUAUAGACUGAACAAGAUUAUGACAUGAACAUAUUCUGACACUGGCGUGAUCCAUGACAUUCAAUAAAAUCUUCCAUUCUGACUCUGAAAAUAUUUGUUCAGCUCAGUGUUUGCCUAUCUCUGUGUUAAACACAUAUUUUUACCCAAAUUGUCCUCUGGCACGUGCUAUAUUCACUGGACACCACAUAAUACAGACUCAUGGGGCUGAAGUCAGGUACAUGCACAAAAUAGAGUUAUAAUGGCCUAGAAUGGGGUUCAUUUCAUAACUUGCCUCUGUAAUAAAACUAACAUUUGGAACAGCCUGAACUCAGUCUUGCAUUAUUGUCUUGUAAUGCAGUACUUGGAAUAAGAGCAGAUGUUUGAUGUUUGAGUCAGCAAUUAAUUAUUGAAUGUUUUAUUGUAAACAUGUUUGUAUGUGUAGAAAAUGAAACACUUUGUUAUUGCAGUGGGUUGUAGCCUUUCAAUGGAAAAUAUUUCAGAGUCAACAUUAAUAAUGAAAGCAAAAGGCAGUCUUGUUCUGUGGUUAACUGUAUCUUCUUGGAACCAUAAAAACCAGGGGUUUCAUUUAAGACCAAUUUUAUGCUACUUCUCAUCCCAUUCCUUCAUGCAUUAUACCACUAAAAUACCAGUAAAAUCCCAUGUCAAACAGAAGUCACUUAUUUCAUUCCUACAAUCUUGGACAGUCAAAUCGUGAUUUGAAAAUUAGAAAGUCUUUCAAAGCUUAAAAAAGUGAAGAAUCUCAUGAUGAUAUGAUCAAGAAAUAAAUCCUAAAGCUGCUUCACUAACACCAAUUUUGUGGAUAUAAUGUGGUUUUCCAGGUUUUACAAGGAUAAUAAGCAUAUUUUCUGCUACAGGUUAGUAUGACAACUGAUUUUGAUGAAACAGCUCCAAGUUUUGCCUGUGGAGGAUAUUGCAGACUAGAGUCCUGUGGUUUCUAGCUUUGGCAGGGUUGCACAUUUUCCCAUUAAUAAAAAAAGGACUGAUCUCUUGACUUUUUUGUGUGUGCUGACUGUAGUCUAUGGACACUUUGUUAUUAAACAGCACUUUACUGUAUGGUAUGUACAAUUUCCAAGAAACUGAAUGAGUCUUAAAAUUAAUAAAUGUGUAAACAAG